ACGUCUUUGAAACAGGUGGUGAUAGAAGAAUCGAAUCAGAACAAAACAAAAACAACACUUACAAAAAUUUAUCAAAGCAUAAGCGGAACAUGCUUAGAUCUCUGCGACAAGUAGCCAACAAGAGCUUGGCAGCUGUGGCUUUUGUGCUCCUAUGCUGCAGCGUAGGUCUGACGGAAGCCCAGGAGAAUGCGCAACUACAAAUUCCCCCCUCGCUAGUGGAAUGCUACAACACCAGCUAUUUUAUGAAUCGUGACAAUCGCUUGCCCUACAAUUUGGAAACCCUCAUCACGCUCAUCGAAAAGGUGGAGAACUCAUUUGGUUUUGACCAAGACAUCACUCAAUUGUCCAUUGCACUGCUGCAUCGCUUCCGACAAGAUGGUAUCCAGAGGGCUCCGGGUGUUACAGCCGCGCCGGGAGUUUUGCCCUACAGUCCCACCGGCUUUCAGUUUCCGAAAUUUCGCAUAUUGCUGUCUCGCUUGAUACCCGGAAAUGCCUUGCGCUUCCCCAACAGCACUCUGACCAGGGAGGAAAGAUGUUCCUUGCACUUCAUGCUCUCUAGCUCGUUCGAUACCCAGGUGAGGGGCGAUGAAAAUCAGGUUUGCAACAAUCUUUCACAGUACAGGGCGCAACGCCUUCCCCGCGCCGUGGGCCUGCCUCAGCAAAGGCGCAGCAACUUUGUGGGAGAUGUGGAAAUUUUGGAUGAUAUGCAAACGAGAGCCGGCAAAAAAACUGCUCCAGGUGCCCAACAACGUGUGAAUCCCGUAUCCUUUGACUACUACGACGAUGUUGGCUACGGCUAUACGGGUAGUGACUCGAAUACCAUAAGUCAAUGCCCUGUGGAAAAUGGAGUCAUUCGCACCAAGUGGGGCAAUGUGGCGGCUGGCAACUUGAUUGCCGGCAUUGCUGCCGGCCUGCAGCCGCAAACAGUUCAACUCAGAUCUCUGCUUGCCCUAUCAUCCCGUCGGCCAGGUUACUCUCAGAAUAUGCCUCAAGUUGCCACUGUCAGUGUGGACAAUCGAUAUGCCGCCACCUUGGCUGGCGAUUUGGCUGAGGUAGCCUUGGUUCAGGUGCCCAUGUCUAGUACUGGACAGGCCACCGUGGGAGCCAGUGGAGCCUGGAAUAGCACCGUUAUGCCCAAAUGGUAUUUCCUUAGCCAACGCCAAAACAUGGAGAUGACAGAUGCCGAGAUACGAGGAGGCUUGGAUGGCCUGAUAAUUGCCUUGAACAUUGGCACAUGGCGUCAGCAGGCAUCCAAUCUGAAAUUGUCGCAAUUGCUGAGGAUGUACUAUUCCCUGGAUGGUGUGCUCAACUCGGGCAUUAUGGCCUGCAGCCGUGCCUAUUACUUCCAACAGAACAUACAGCCGACCACGUUGAAUGUGCAGGCCUCGGCCUUUGCCCAGGUCUUGGAUAGAGAAAUGCAACUGCGAGUGACCUUGUCGCCGGAUGCCAUAGCAAAUUUCGCUGCUUCAGCUGCAAGCGCAUUGGGUGCAUAUUUACCCAAUAUGAAUGAUAUCUCAUGCACGGUUAGCGGUGCCUUGCCGCAAGAUGCGUCCCUCCUCAUUACUCCCAUGACAAAUAUUUAUGUUUUCCUGGACACCACAUGGCCCUACUACCAAGUCGUUGACUAUGUCAAUUAUGUCCUGGAGAACCUUAACAUCAACCCCUACGCCAGUUCUGUGACUCUGCUAGCAGCCCAAGACGGUUCCGUAAUGGUCAAUACCACCAAUUACAUAUCCGAUAUAUUCGAGGGAUGGAAUGUCACCACCCAUGCCACAUUUGUCCAGGGUUUCAACCUGCCCAAUGUCUUGAGAACAGUUCAAAAUUUCACCUAUAGCUACAUGAAUGGCCAGCAGGCUAAUUCGACGGUGGGCGGUCUGUCCCUGGUGGCCUUGCUGAUUCCGUACAUGAGCACGGUUAGUGCCACCGACUCGAGCUAUGCCACAACCCAACUGCAAUAUAUAGGCGAACAAAUACCCGACUUGCGUUUCAUUUACUAUGCCGGCGGCACUGUGAGUCGCUUUUCGGCCUUCGUCCAGGAUCCCACACAGGAUCUUUUCCCCUUGAGUGUAGGCACAAAUGCCGCUACCGCAGGUGGUCCCGUCGUUAUGCGCAUCAAGAAAAUUCCUCGUCAGAUUGUAAAUCCCCGUUGCGGCGCCGCCUGGUACACUUCCACCUGGGGCACUGACCAAAUGGUCCAAUACGCUCGCCCCGGAGUCAUUAACUUUUACCGCAUGGUCCCCAACUACUUCUACGGCGCCAACAGUGGACGUUACCUGAACAUACAGUCGCAGUAUUCCUCGGUGACAUACACCGUGUGCACUUCCCGCUCUGUGGUGUUGCCCCAACAGAACUCCUCCUCCUCCUCAAAUUCCAGUGGCGAUCAGACUUGUGUGCAACUGCAGGGCAAUACCUUCUCCUAUGAUUUGUCGGCAGCCUGCAGUGGCUACAACACCAUACACGAGUGUCCCCCUCUGUAUGUGUCAGUUCAAGCCCCCACCACGGUUACCCAGGUCACCCCGUGCACCGAUGCAGCCUGUCAGACACCCGAUCAAAUGCGCUACAUAGUGUCCGUUGUCAACUUGGGUUGCUUUAAUGGCGUCGCUGGUCUGACGGCCAGUUUUCUGACCAUCCUUUUGGCAUUAAUAGCAGCCCAUCAAUUGGUUUAGCCCACAAUGCCAUCGCCAUCCAAAGCUAUGGCCAAGCUAUCGAUCACUUUGAAUAAGUCUCAUUUCCACAAUCACCCCCUCAUUUCGACCCCUGCACCCGUUAGAACAAAUCGUUGUUUCUUAUACCCUCCACCAUAGGAUAUAGGGGUAUACUAAUUUCGUCAUUCUGUUUGUAACUGCUCGAAAUAGUCGUCUGAGACCCCAUAAAGUAUAUAUCUUCUUGAUCGUCGCGACAUUUUAAGUCAAUCUAGCCAUAUCCGUCCGUCCGUCCGUCUGUCUGUCUGUCGAAAGAACGCUAACUUCCGAAGGAGUAAAGCUAGCCACUUGAAAUUUGAAAUGGGCCAUAUCGGUCCAUGUUUUGAUAUAGCUGCCAUAUAAACCGAUCUGGGAUCUUGACUUCUUGAGCCUCUAGAGGUCGCAAUUAUUAUUCGAUUUGUCUGAAAUGGUGGGCAACGGAUCCUCUCAUGACCAUCAACAUACGUGUUUAUUAUGGUCUGAAUCGGUCUAUUGCCCGAUACAGCUUCCAUAUAAAUCGAUCUCUCUAUUCUACUUCCUGAGGCCCCAAAGGGCGCAAUUCUUAUUCGAAUUGGCUGACAUUUCACACAGGUCUCCAACAUAUAAUUUAAUUGUGGUCUAAACCGGAUCAUAUCUUGAUAUCGCUCUAAUUGCAGAGCAAAUCUUUUCUUAUAUCAUUUUUUGCCUAAGAAGAGAUGUCGGGAAAGAUCUCGACAAAUGCGCUCCAUGGUGGAGGGUAUAUAAGAUUCGGCCCGGCCGAACUUAGCACCCUUUUACUUCUUUUUUUUGUACUUUUUUUGCAAACGUUUGUCAGUGCCUCUGAUUAAUUUUAUGCCCUAGUCUAUGACCUAAGUAAAAAAUUAUUAAAGUAUUAUUUCUAUAGUUGAGAGUUGUUUGUCUUUGCAAUAAAACCGAGAUCGAUCUAAAACCGGGUAUUAACACUAACGGGUUAACAGCGA